AUGAGCAAUGAGCGUACAGAUAUUCCCCUCUGCGAAGAGCCUUGGCUCCAAAAAGCUGCACGACUGUGGAAUAUCGAGCAUAUAGAAGAGAUUGUCAAAUGUCUCUUGCGACAUGGCGGAGAUCUCAACAAAGACACGGACGGAGGCUUCAGUGUAGUAGAAGAAGUUAUGUCUGUAAGCACGCCACUGUUCGAAUCCAUUCUUGCUCAAUGUGCCAAUAUUAAUGUCGAGAGACAUUACCUAGAAACGCGUUGCGCUGAUGGCAAGACCUUACUUUUGUGCGGUCUAAACAACAAAGAGUUGAUUCGAGUACUUGAUGAGUACGGAGCGAGGAGUAAUGUAGUUGACUAUACCGGAAACAAUGCUCUCCAUAUACUAUCGACCGCAUUCCAUAGAGGAAAUCUCUUUGACGAAUUCCUCUCUCGUGGACUCGACCCGCUCAGCGUGAAUCGUCAUGACAAUACCCUCCUGCAUCACCUUUCAUCUCAAUACAAUGGAAACGACGAAUUCUAUAGGAGAUCCCAACGCAUGAUUGGUUUCGGUAUAUCUGUGAAUGCACAGAGCAACGACAGGAUGACUCCACUGCAUGUAUUCCUCCAGAGGAGUGACGAGUAUCACAACAAUUUUACGAAGCAUCAGAUCACAUUCCUCGAAACCUCAGGCGUGUCAGAGAUGGUUCAGCUCGGUUCACAAGAUGUCUUUGGUUUUGCGCCUCUGCAUCUAGCUGCUCUCAAGUCGGACCGCUUCACAGCAGAGAUACUGUCUGCCGGAGCCAAUGCUAUGCUUGUGACAAAAGACAAACACAAUGCCUUGCACCUUGCCUGCCGUGCUCGUUACUCCAAUAUUGUCCGCUUACUCCUCAGCAAAACUGGAUCAUGUCUCCUCAACCAGAAAGACAGUGCUGGUCGGACACCGCUACACAAUGCUUGUUCAGCGAGUGAUUUGGAGUCUGUGGCAGCAUUACUCCGGUACGGCGCAGAGGUAUCACUCGUCGACGCUCGAGCUCGAACUGCAAUUCAUGCCCGUGCGGAAACAACCAGAGAGCAUGUAAUAUGGAGCAACUUUAAUGACGAUCCCCAGUUGAUGGGUGAGUAUCCAAUGAUGCAGUUUGGACCUGACCUAAUUGCCCGGUCCUCAGAUGUCAACCCUUGGUACAAAUCACAACAUGGUUGUGAAAGAAAAUCUAAGAAACCACAUAAUGUAAAGUCCUUUGCUAAACCUCUACUGGAAGCUGACGUGGAUGUUUCGACUACGACAGUGCUCGAUAUAAUGCGCUUGUGCGAUCUACUAAUAUUCAAGGGUGCUGACCUGCUAGAGCCAGACCCAUAUGGCCGCACUGCACUUCACUAUAUUGCCGACACAUGUCUUUCGACGUCCCGUAUCAGAUAUCAAGCAACCAGCGAACCUAUCCGCUCAAGUCUACUGCUUUGGAAUCAGUACCUGCUUCCAGGCAGAUCGAUCGAUGUCCGGGACAACGAGGGCAACACUCCGCUACUCGCAUAUGUAGCGUCGAGAGCAAAUGACACGGGAAAAAACGUCACAGCGUGCGAGAAAGAGUUUGGUGCGUACAAGCGCGAAUACGGCGAUAAGCCGUGCCAUGUGAAUGCUUUUGCGCAACUAUUUACGACUGACAGUGAAGCUGAUGUCCAAGCUGUCAAUAACGCAGGCGAAACAGCUUCCCACAUCGCCACCAGGAGAAGACAUGGCUUGAGCCUUGAUGCAUGCUCUUAAACAUGAUAAGAAAUCGUUUCAGUUCUUCAUAGGGAAGGUAGGGGAUCCACUGAGAGAGGAUGGAAAGGGAAGAAGUGCAAUUGAUGUGGCGAGUGCAUGUGGGCUUGUGGAUAUCGUGAAGUUGUGCGCAAGGAAGUAGAGUUAUUUUGCAAUGGAGUUUGCGCUGAGCCAGCUAUAUGGAUUGCUAAUUAUACAGAACUGGAACGCAUACAGAGACGUAACAGAUAAUAAGAUCUGGCAGAUAUUCAA